CCGUCCACGAGCCCGCCCGGCGAGCCCGCCCAGCCCGUUUCCCGUCGGUUAUAUUUUUGUAUUAUUAUUUUUUUUAUUAUUAUUUUUUUUUUUUUUUCGUCAGAAAUAACAAACAACCGUUGUCCGUCCGCGUAUUGCCACGGCCGACGGAUAACAGUUAUUGUAUAAGGCGUCGCGCGGGCGCACGAUACCACCACAACGACCGAUGCCCGUCGCGGGACCGUCGCGGCAACGAAUCCACUGCAAGUACGUAUACGAAUCUCUCGUCGCGCAACGGCAAGCGGGUGUCCGCGGUACCACCCGGCGGUAUCGACCGGCGGCGCGGAGGUGUUUCCCUGCGAAACGGGUUUUCGAGAAAAAACCGGCGAAACACCGGCGAAUAACGUACGCGGACGGGAUCGGGACCGGGACCACUGGAGACGGGCGCCGCUGGGUCCCGGACACUCGAACCCGCGGACCAAUCCGGUUAACGUAAUUAUCUAACUCCGUCCAACACCCGCCCGUCCGACUGCCCUAUUUGGCCGCGGGGCAGCCGCUGCGAUGGACAUCCCUCCACGCCGCCGCGAAUCGAUAACCCCCCCCCCUCCCCCCCCGUACCGGGUACCUAUUCAUUCGGACGGGUUUCGCGUGCGACGCGACGCGUCGGUGAUCGCCGUGACGCGUUUCACGGCGUGUCGAUUAUUCGUUUUGCCCGAUUGGUUUCGGUCGGUGAGAUUAUGGUCAAACUUUACGCGUUAUUAGUUUGACCGUAUUGUGAAUACGUUUUUUUUAGAUUCUCGAGCGAAUAAGCUUAUGGUCUUACAAAGGCGUUGUUUUUUUUUUCCGUUUUACCUGUGCGCAACUUUUCUACCGGAAUACUUACUCGGAUAUCUAAGUGUAGCGCCUCAUUCGGAAGGCCCAGCAAGGUACUUUGGGAAACGUAUUUUUUCGAUUUUCUCAAGAGUUUUUUCGUCAAAUGCGAAAAACCGAAAAAAACGGAACAAUUUAAACGAAACGUAAUAAAUGUGAUUUACGAAUUUAAAUAUCCUGCGGACAAAUUUUAUAGCAGCAAUUUUGCUCCGAUUUACAAUAGUAGCGCUUUUUCUGAAAAGAAAUCCUACUAAAAACGUACUUUAAGGUGGUCAUCAUUCGAUUUUCCCAAGAGUUUUCUAAGUAUAUGUAAUAAACCGGGAAAAUUGGUACAAUAUUAAACAAAUAUUAUUAAAAAAAAUAUAUAAUACCUAUUUAAUUAUUUUACCAUAAUAUGACAUGUAUGUUGUCGACAAAGCAUCACUAUCAACUGAACUCGGCUCAUAAUCGUUUUUUCGUAAGCAAUGGUUUAUCGUCGAUUACAGAUAUACAUUAAAUUCCCGUCUAUGUCCUACCUUCCCAAUUCCCACCUACAUCACCUACAUCAGUAGCUGCACCCGUUCCCAUUAUCUUACCUUUCUUUUUUUUUUUUUUUAACCAUGUAAGUGUAUGAAAUCGUUCUAUACUGAAACUAAUUAAUUAAAUAACAUUAAAAUACAUACGUACGUUUAAAAUUUGGUUUAUGUGGCAUGACACAUCAAGUUUGCACGGAAAACUUAACAUAUUAAUUAUUUGUGAAAAGCCCUAAGCUACGCUAAUAUUAAAGAUGACUCAAUCCUUGUCUGACUAAAAUCCAUCGUGUGUCAUCGUUUUUUCGUAGUGUGCCUCUGAGGUACAUGUUUAUUUCACUCGAAAAAGGGAAAUUUCAUCCCAAUAAGAUGUACAGUUAACGUGGUUCAUUUCCAUUCUUAGACUCUAAAUACAUUAAUUAGCUAUUGUGUGCAAUAUGCGUGCAACAUGAACACGUUUUUACUAUAGUGAUUCAAACAUAUUUUAAUUUUGCUACUACCAGUUGUACCGGAUAAUCGAUAAAAAAAAUAUUCCUAACUUCAAUACUUACUAAAUUCUGAUGGGAAAUUGCAUUCAAAAAUUAUAUUUAAAGCGAAAUUAUUUCAAUGGCCACUCCGUCAACGCUCAAGUAUGACAAGUACCUUUUAGAUUGUAAUAAGCGAAACGAGAUAUGUAUUGUUUUUACAAUGAUUUUUAUUUUUUUUUUUUUAUCUGUGAAUAACUUUUCUACCAGAAAUCUCACUUAGAUUCUCAAGUGUAGUACCUUUUGUGAAAGUAAAUUUUAUCUUAUUGGUAAUUUAUAAAAGUCUUUUUCUCAUUUUCCAAGCAAUUAUAAUAAUUGGGAAAAACCAGGAAAAAACGUAGGAAAAACCGGAAAAUUUACGAAAUAUAUUAUUUUCAAUUUUGUUCUUUUAUUGCGAUUCGGUUAAAAAUAUUCGUAGAGACUUGAUAUUUGGACAAACGACUUAUAUUUGCCUUGACGUGCUAAAAUUUUCAAAGCAUUUUAGUCAUUUUCGAGGUAUUUAUAGACAUCUCAAUUUUACGAGGUUUUUACGUCAAUUUUAUUCAGUAGGUUCUCUGUAGAUGAAAUUAUUUAACUAAACAGAAAUUCUUGAAAAUUUAUCAAGAGGUAAGUUGUACUUUGUAAUCGAAAAAAAAAAAUCUAAUAAAAUAUAGUAGAUUUUUUUGUACUUAAGAGUAUUAAUAUCAAAUUUUGACGAACAUCGUACAUAUUAAGGCCUUUCAAACCAUAUAUAACCGAAUCCCACUCAGAAUCGUUUUUCGUCAGCAAUAAUUAAUCAUUGCGUACAGAUAUACAUUAAAUUCCUCUCUAUAAUAUCCUACCUUUUUACCUUCUCACCUACAACAAUAGCUCACUCAUCGUACAAAGUAUGCCCAUCUUUUUUUAACCUGUAUUUUUUUCCGAAUGAAAUUCACCAUAAACUUUAUUAGGUACUCGUUCGUACGUCACGAACGUCCGAUCCGAGUUCAUUCGUUUUGAAAGCUUUCCCGGGAAAAUUGUAUGAUUUUAAAUAAAGUCUCCGGAAACAGUUCAUAAUAUGUGCAAUAGUAAAAAGAACUGAUAUAGUGGGGACGGGCGUUGUAAUGGUUGUAGGUGGGUAGCAUGAAAGGUGGAAUAAAUAAAAGUUAUAUAAUUUAUACCUGUAAACAACGAUAAACUGUUGCUAACGAAAAACAAGUCUAAAAAUUGUAUUUUUAGGGACAGAGUCCCUACCAAAUAAAAACUAUGUAAAAAAAACGUAAAAUAAAAAUGCUUAUAAAAUGUUCAAAAAUAACUUAAAUGUUUUAAACAUUUUACCACGACUAGAAAAAGCAAAUAUAAGUUUUUUGUCAAAAUAUCAAGUUUUUCCAUUAAAUUGUAAACUGAAUUACAAUUUAUAUAUAAAAGAAGGGGACUUAUAAAUUAUAAAGAAAAAAAUCGAUAUCCUGUAAUUUUUCGAUUAGAAUAUUGCUGGAGCAAUAUUUCUGGUAAAAAAACAUCAUGAACAAACAUUGAAAACAAUGAAAACGACAACACCGCGGAACGCUUUAAAUAUUUGCCGUAUCACUUAUAAUUUUAUUUCUGGUUUAAUCCAAUUAUUUCGAAAACGUCUUAGAAAAUCAAAAAAGUACCUUUUUAAUAUGCAAACUAGAGAAAAUUAUCUUUCUGUAAAAGUGUUACACUUUAGAGUAGUAACAUUUUUUUUUCGAAAAGUUGUUUACAAUCAGAAAAUAAAAAGCACACAUCAUAGUAAAACCAAAAGAUCUUUCGCUACGUUUCGAAUCUAAAAUCAGACCUGGAUCGGAUGUGCAAAAACACAUUAAGAGAAGUUGUAGACGAAAGAAGUUGACGUUUAACCGGUGCAUGAUAACGAUUUUUUUUUCUAGUUCUAGAACUACGACCCGUUGACUCCGUGCACAGAAAACAGUGUUUUAAAACUAUCACGUGAAUAUAUACUUAGCAAUUUUUACAAUUUAAUGAUUUUAGAAGCAUGUCACUUGGACAUUUAUCCCAGUCUAACUUUUAUUGUUGCCGAACAGAUCGCCGGUUUGGUCGUUUUCUAGCUUGAAACAAGUAUCAAAAUAUCGAAAAAUGUUUCAUAUUAUUUCAUACUAUUUGUUCGUGUCGCAAAUUGUUAUCUAUAUCAAUAGUUUUCUAGAUCAAAUUUUUGAUUUUACCAUUUUCCGACCGAUUUUGAUCACGUUUAACGACGAUUUUUUUAAUUUUAAAUAAAACGUAUUUCUUUGGAAGUACUAAAAUCUGAAACAACAAUUAUUAGAUGAAAGCGGUUUUUUUUUUUUUUUGUUUUGUUUUGGAGGUGAGAGAGUAAAUGACUUAUAUCAAUCAGAGCAUUUGUUUAAUUUUUGCUACAGUCUACCAAAUAUUUAAACGACCCCGCUGGAUUUUUAUAUCGUUUCGUAAAGAUGCGCGUACACUCGCUCAACGAAGUUUGUGCCCGACAGCGACACGGCAACACAACUGUUGCUUAUGACCGGCGUUUUUAUUUUUCUAAUAAAAUGUCGAAAAAAUAAAAUAGUAAUAAUUUUAUCCAAUUAAUAUUGUGUUAUGUACGACUCCAACCCCUUAUACAUAAUUUACGCACGUCUAGCUGAUAAAUGGUUUUUACACACUCCCGAUUUUUGCUUGAUUGAUCGUCCGUAAAGAAAGUUUUUACUCAUUUUUUUUUUUUUUUUUUUUUAACGAAAUAAAUCGAGUCCGACACCACUGUGUACUUGAUGCGUGUAAUUUAUUAGUUUAUUAUUAUUAGUUUUUGUUUUUUUACACGUGGGUCGAAAAAUAUACGUGGUGUGCACAAACAUAUUUACAGGUGUAACGAAAAACGUUGUUUUUACCAUGAUAUGAUAUAAAAAUUGUACAUCUUCCCUGAUUGAAAUCUAAAAUUAAAAAUUUCGAGUGAAGCAAGAAAUGUAUUGAUUUUAUUUAUAGUAAAAUCAAUAUAAUGCACUACUUUUCUACCAGAAAUCGUGCUCCAACCAAAUGUUGUAUUGGAACAUACUCGUAGCAUUUGUUAACUAAUUGAUGCAUUGAAGAGGUCACUUUUGAAUUUUCCUCGUGUUUUCAAUCAAAUGUUCAAUUGUUUAAUCAAAAAAACAACUAUCAAUUUUUAGUAGGUAUAAUUGUUGUUGAUUUUUAAGUUACUUUGGCAUUAUGGAAAGAAUACGACUUACAAUACUUUGCUCAGAAUCGGUUUUCGUUAGUAGGAGUUCAUCUUUGCGUGCAGACACAAAUUAAAUUACUCUAUAUAUCCUCUCUUCAAACUUCCCUCCUUAAAUUGUGGUACAUACAUCAACAGUAUCAACCCGUAUAUACUCGUAUGUUUGUUAUUAUUUUUAAACCUAAGUACCUAAGUACACGGUUGUUGCAUUUACAAUACGUUGCGUGGCGUUUCGUCGAAAUGACCGCGAAACACGUGCUGUCUGUGCAGUUAAAAAACCAAAACGUCGCGGUCGUCGCUUCGCCGAGCGACAAUAUUUACCCGUUUAAUUAUUUUUCCGACACGGUGUCGUAAACUCGGCAAGGCCGAUGGGGAUUUUUUUUUCGCCCAAAAAACACUUAACCUCAACCUAAAAACUUUUUGCCAAAUAAUUUUCGUCUAUCCGUCAGCAAAAAAAGUAUACGUUAUUCUUCGCGUCUUUGCCAAAAACCCAUUUUCGCGCACUCUCUCUCCCUACUGCUCCACCCCGCGGAAGGGUAUUUAAGUGCUCAUACCAUUGUCAUCUACAAACACGUGUCCUCUGUUACGCAGUAUAAUAAUAUGACUUUUUAAACAUCAAGUCAUUGAACACAUUCAUUAUUGUACAUAUUCUCGUCACCAUCUCAGGGCUAUAGACUCGAAAUGAAAAAAUUAAUGCAUUAAUAAGUCCACAUAGUCAUAAAAGGGUAUCUAUACAAAUCUUAAAUAUGCAUAACAGAAAUGUAAAAAUCUGGAAAAUACAAAUCUUUAAUCUUGGAUUUACGAAUAUCAAAAUGUAAAACCUGGAAUGUACAAACCUGGAGCCCAAAUUUGUACUUUAUAGGUUUUUUCCUAUUGGAUUUUAGAUUCUGCGUGGAGCGAAAAUAUUUAUUUUGUUUUUUUUUUAUUUAUACGCAACUUUUCUACUAGAAAUCUUGCUCCGAGUUCAGUAGCGGCAUCCCUAAAGGAUAUCGGAAUUUAUUCCAUUCAAAUUUGGAAAGUACAAUGUCUUAACUAUAGUACAUGGUUUUUCCUGAUUUAUACGUUUUUGACAUGCGCAUUCCGGGUGUUUACGAGAUCGAGUAUCGAAAUAGUAAAAAUUCACUACCGUGACAUUAAUACUAUCAUGAAAAAUCGCCGUUUCAACAGGGCAAUAACAACUUUAUCAGUGGUGGCCUCAGGCCUGUGAGCAUGGGGUGAUUAUAUUGUACACGGAGAGAAGAAUAUUGAAAUAUAUAGCAGAUAUAGAAAACUAGGUACUAUUAUCAUAAAUAAUUAUUAUUUGUUAAUUUUAGGUGUCUUAAUAAAUAUUGAAAAAAAUAUUGAAAAUUUUUAAAAUAUUAUAUUUUGUAAGUUUUCCCGGUUUUCCUAUGUUUUUCCCCGUUUAUUAUGAAAACCCCUAAAAUCAAAAGAUCUGUUUAAAGUACUACCCCAGGAAAAGUACCUUAUAGUGUAAAAGUGCUACACUUGAAAAUCGAAGCAAGAUUUCUGGUAGAAUAACUAUUCAUAAAUUUAAAAAAAAUAAUAAUAACAAACAUCAUAAGCAUGUAAAAUCAAUGCAUUCCCCGCCGAUUCACUUGGAAUCUCGAAAAAAAAAAACGACGCCCAAAUUCUUAUUAAUAAAUAAUAAUAUCAUACAAAAUAUUUACCUACAUCGGAAAUUAUUUUGUUUUUUUUUUUUUGGCGUCGUGGAUGACGAUGAUAUAAGUUUUUUUUCCAACCUAUAGCCAAUUUUACCAGUCACGUACAAAUGUUUUAGGCAAAACGGUAAUUGUCAGUUGGCACUGGUUUCAAGUUUGUGUUUUCAAAUCUAAAUGGAUUUAGCAGAUAUAUAAUAAUAUAGGUAAGUGCUUUUAGCGUGUAGUCAUGUCGUUUUUUCCGUAAUUUUUUUUUUUUUCACUCCAAUUAUUAUUAUUCACAGCGUUAUUAUUAUUUAAUUUUACGAUUCGUUGCGUUUCGUGUUUUUAAUAUACGUGUAACGUUUAAAAUGUUUGAAUUCCCAACAACGUUAGUUGUACACGCACAUAAUAUUUUAGACUUAACGUUUAACUAAAAACCAAUACGAGCUGUAUAGUAAAUACGCGUCUAUUAUACUCCUAAAAAUUACUUUUCUUUUUCGUCCGACAACAAUAUUGUACAAAAAAAAAAAAAAAAAACAAAUCUAAAAAGCGAUUUGUUAUUUUUAAUCACGCGCGCGUCUACGCUCUAAGUAGUUGUUAUGCGUAUUUCUUUUCCGACAAACGACUAAUUUUAUUUUUGACUUCUUAAAAUAUUAUACGUUCGGAGGGUAAAAAAAUAUUUCCGUAAUCCGUUUCAUAAGAAAAAGAUAAAAAAAAAAAAAAAAAAAAAAAAAAAAUACUAUAGCAUCACACGGUCUUUCAUUUAACGAGAAACAGUGAUGAAAUAAACGUUGCGGAGCGUUUAAAAGAUUCUUCGCUACGCGUAUUCUUAAUAAAUGAUUUUAUCGUUGAAAAACGUCUGCCACGGUUUCUGAAUAAUAACGAUAAUGUUUUUCGGAUGUUUCGUCUAAAUUGAAAAAAAAAAAAAUCGAAAUCCGUUAAUGGGUACGGUUUAAAAUUCAAUAAAUUUUGAGUACUUUUAACAACAGUAGAAGCCGCUAAUUAGGAACACGGAUAAUUGAUACAGUCGCGUUACGGAAACAAAAUGCAUAUAGGGACGGUCGUAUAUUAAAACCAAUCGUUUAUUAGAAACAAUCGGUUAAUUGACACGUUUCACCUCGGUCCCGCGGCUUCUACUGUACUAUACACUCGUACGCACAUAAUAUCACACGACGAACGAACAACACCGAAAUACGAUGCUUUUUAUAGAAUUUCGACGCAAGACGUUCGCGCGAGUGUAAACAUACAACGCGAUGAAGCGUAAACAGAAUUUGAAAUACAGGCCAUAAUACGGAAAAAUCGCAAUGACAAAUUUCGAGCAAUUAAACAGAAACCGAGGGGGGAGGGGGGAAACCGAAACCUUGUUUACGAUAAAUCACAUACGCGCGGUUUUUAUGACGUGCAAAAAGCUAUUUACACAAUAAUAUAACCUAAAAUAUAUUUUGUAUACAUGUGUAAACACGUACGGCGUUCGAAUACGCGGUUUAUAUCAUAGACAAAUAGAUACUAUGUGAUCAUAAAAUCGCGAACAAAGAACAGUACGAAUAGAACACGAUACCAGCGGCGCAACCAGGAUCUAUUCAACGGGUGAGGGGGGGUCCGAAAAAUGAAUCUAUAGAAAAUCAAUUGUACUGCAAUUUACAGUGCGAAAUUUGGUGACUGCGCGUUCCUUAGUACGUACAUGACUUUUGUUUCUUAAUAAACCUAAUUAAACAUUGAAAAUAUUGAAGAAAAGUUUAAUUUUAUAUAUAAGAAAAAAAAAAAAAAACUAUACGCUUUAACGCCGACAAAACUGCGUAUCAAAUUAAAUUACCUAUUUUAAAAUCAUUUAAAAACAAAUGUUUAAAUACAUGUCACUUAUAGUCUUAUAGGUUAUAGUGUAAAAUCUAAUCGCCGUUUCACUUCAGUUAAUACAUGUGAACUUCGUCUACUGCAUAACUAUAACACAGAUACAACCACAGCUACAAUAACAAAUGGGUACUGCGAACUUAACCAUCAACACGACAUUUAUGGAAAUAAUUAACGAUUAUUGAUUUCAAUAAUUAUAAUUAACGUCAUAGAGCAAUAAUACCUAUAGAAAAAUUAGAAAAAAUAAUAGACGAACAUCACUCGAUGAUUUUAUGUUGCAGUGCGCACUGAGUGUUGAAAACCGUGUAAAACUGUGAGCAAAACUGUCAUCGCGUCUCGUGAAUGCGAAAAUUGCACGUCAAUGUGAAAAACCGACUUGCACGUUGAUUUUUUUUUUUUACGGUCGCGCGGCCGUAUUUUCAGUAUUCUUGCACGAUUAAUUAUGACGCGAAAAAAAAAACCCCCGUACAAACACUUUGUUCUGGCGUGAAAAAAUUGCGUCUUAUCAGGACGCUUCUCUCACUCCCCUUCUCUCGCGCGCACAUAACAUGUUGUGUUUCGAAUCGACCAAUAACAACAGAUAAUAUUUAAAACGACCACGGUUCUCGGGCGGCCGAAUUUAGGGGACGGCUUUAGUUUUUAAAUAAUAGAGGACAGAGGAGUGGUUGGUGGCGGAGAGACAGGCGCACACAGUCGCGAUUUUUGUUUUGUUGUUGUUGUUGUUGUUGUUGUUUUCCCAGAGUGACGAAUCCCUACGCACGGCCCCUGUUCCCGGCACGGUUAUCUCGCAGCGCACAGUAACGUCGCGUCCACGGUUCACGCCGUCGCGCGUAAUAUCGACGCGAAUAAAUCGAAACGGACAACAAUACGGAAUUUCAGUGCGGCAAAGACGUUUGGCACGGGGCCGGCCGGUUGUUUUCUUUUUCGUUCGGACGGCCGCGCAAGUGUGGGGCCGUUCGUCAGACGCCGAAUAAACACGUGCACAAUGUGGCCGUCCGUCGUACGCGCGGAACGUUAUGUGUAGCGAUUGCGCGGUACGGUUGGAAUAGUAUUUUGGCUCGGCAAACGCGCCGCGAAACGACGUAAUAAUAAUAAUAACGCGAUGAUAAUUAAUCGAUUAAUUAAUUCGUUCACGGCGUUUUCGCGCGUCCGCGGCAGGCCCGCGCCCGGGACGUGCGCGGGGUUCGCGAUAAGGAAAUAACGACGGUCAAAUAAUAACAGUAACAGUAACAACAACAACGACGACGACGACGACGGAUACGAGACGUCCCUCGGGCGCGAACCGCCGAAAUUGUCAAACGUCCGUAAAUUAUAUUUCGUCCGCGCUCGCGCGUUCCGAAACGUUUAUGUUUGCCGUUUAUUCCGGCGGGGCCGCCACAAGUCUAAUCCGCGUGUCGUUCGCAAUACUUUUGCAUUUGGAUGUUGCUUGUUUUUUUUUUUUUAUGUUUCCCCCCUCCCUCCGUUUUGUUUUUUUUUCUUCUCGUCCAGCCUCACGUGCGGCUUUACCGCGCUAAGUCCCUCCGCCCAGCGGCCGUGAUUCAUUGUGCGUCAUCCGGUUAUGCUUUUGCGGAUUGCUCGGAGCGGCGAUAACUGCAGAGAAACGGCCACAGUCCUAUUGCGCGCCGCGCUUUUUUUUUUUUCGCUACUCGGAAAACGCUUUUUCGCCGAUACCGCGUUGUCAGUUUCGUACACUUAACGGCGCGCGUCUUUUUCGUCGCGUUUGAUAAUUGAUUCGAGACGAGCUUUUCGCGACAUUGCUAAUAUUUUCUUUCCGGAAAAAUCGCAUAUCGUGUGUUAUUGCUGAACACUUUUUGGUUAAGAAAACGCUCCGAAUUACCGUACCGAAUGUACCCCGGAGCGGCGCGGACUUUUCACCCGAUAGUUCUUUAUUUUAAACGUGUUCCUAGAUUCCCGACGGUUUUAUUAGAAACAUUUAAAUAACUAACAAAUGACGGUACAUCGAUUUUGAAUUUUUUCGAUUUCUAAGUUACCUUGGCUACGGGGCAAAACACUUCGACUAAUACUACUCCGUUCAGAAUCGUUUUUUUUUUCUUACAGUAAUUUAUCGUUGCAUAUAGUUCAUAAACUAAAAUUACCGACCUUGUGCAUCCAACCUUCCUAAUUACCCGCCAAUAAAGUGGCCUACAAAUGAACAGUAUCUUCAGUAAAGUUUUCAUUCACUCGAACUGACCACCGUUUCCGACUUUCGGUUCCUCGGGGGCGUUUACCGGUUGUUUGGUUUACCGCUAUCACCUCGUAAAUCUUAUUACACAGUAAAUCGGUAACAACUGGUUUGCCAGUAGAUUUCGAAGUAUACCAAAGUAAAUAAGUAGAACAAUUUUUUCGUCAGUUAACCAUUGAUACAUAUUUCUAUCAAUCCAGUCACUUGUAUUUUAAUAAACACUUUAUAUUAGGAUUUAGAAGACAAUGCUUUUCUAAUCGAUGUAUAUUUUCCCUAUCGUGUUUUCCAGUAAUUUCAUUUCUGACGGGUUAGUAUAUUUUUCAACGUCUUUCUCUCAAAGAAUAAUAAUAUUACUGUUUUGCAUUAUUCGGUACGUCGUGAUUUUGGUCCAUUUUUUUCUUAUAUGCGGCGUAAUUUUAACGUCUUGACGUUUUUUUUCGUCGUUUUCUCGAUUUAUCGCACAUCGACAAAAAAAAAAAAAACUGCGACUAUUAUUCAUUAUUUUUCAGGAUAAUAAUUGAUCGCGAAAUGACAUGUUGUUAAUACUCGUAUUUCCUUGCAAUGAUCGAAAUACGAGAAAACAUUAUCUUUAAAAUGUCUCGUCUGUUGGGCACGAUAUUCUAAAAACACAUUUUUUAUCCGUUUCCAUUUUGAAAUACUCAUUUAUAUUAUAACUCUCAAAAGUUGACUCGGUAUAAAAAAUAUAUUUUACAGCAGUAGUUGAUAGUAUAGGUAUAUAAUAUAUACACAACGAAUCUAAAAGUAUAUUUAAAAGGAACGGGGAAAAAAAACGAUUUGUAACAUUUUAGACACUGUGUCGUCGUCGGACGGUAUAAAUCGUCGAUACUGUAAAUCGACCGGUACGAUUGGUAGUGAAACGUUUUUUUCCACCCAGACUACUAUCCAGAUUGUAUUAUUAUAUUCGGAUCCGGAUGACAAAAACUCCAGAGUUGUAAGUUGUAAACGAUGUCGUAAAUGCCGUUUCUUGCAACAAACAUGCCGUACGUCACACGUAAUCAAUGAUAUGUCUAUGGCGGGAGGGGGAGGGAGUGAGAGUACCUAAUCGCCCCCACAUUACUUUGUUCGAAGAAAUGUUGAACCGAUUAUUGUACAAAUUUCUACGUGAAUUUAUCUUUAAUGACACCUAUAACUAGUUACAAUCAAAUCUACCCGCCCCGUACGAAAGUGCUGAGCACGACACUGUAGGGGUUGUGGACUCGAGAAUUUUCGCACAUAAUAAUACAAAAAAAAAAAAAAACCUCCAUUUGUCGAAAAGUCUUUUUGCCUCUAAAUCGCUGUAACAUUUACCGUGUGAAACGACUGGGGUCUCAAAUGAAAGAAAACCGACGUUAUAAUAUCGAAAACAAUACAUACGCGAAAUACCAUUUGUUCUGACCGAAAUCUUUGGUUUUGCAGACGUUUAGGACUGCGAGUGUAAUCGUACGGCUACAAAGACAGCUGACGGCGACCGCACACUGUCUGAGACAUGGAGGCCAUGAUGUACAACAAGGGCCGGUCCGCGUCCAUAUGCACGUUCGGCUUCCCGCCAGGCAGCACGGAACACCUGAUGGCCUGCGCCGCGGCUGCCGCGUCCACGCCGCCGCCACACCGGCACGUCACGGGCGCGGCCGCCGCGGCAGCCGCCGAAGACAACAAGCGCCGCCGUCCGGCCGCCCGGUCCCAGAGCGCCCGGACGAGCGGCGGUCGUUCCAUCAGGAAGAAAGCUCUGGUGGCCGCGGCCGUGGGCGCCCAAUAUGAACAGCUCAGCGACAGCAGAACGAGCGUACGCAGUAGCGGCUGCAGCGACCCGAGGUUGCACGAAUCGUCGGCCCAAGGUACGUAAACCUCUAAUCCAAACGACCGUCCCGAAAUAAUUCACAGUUCGUUUUUUAAGUAUAACUCGUAUUUGACACUUCGGUGACGCGUUUACGAGGCCUGCGCUGAGGCCGUAACUGGAAAAUAGUUUUUUUGGGGGGGGGAGGGAAAGAGGGAGGGUGGGUGAGAGAGGGUGUGAGCCAUUGAAAAUGUAUAGUGUUCUGAUUUUUUAUUCUAAUACCGUAUCUCCGUGGUUUCAACCCGCAGAUUGGUUUUGCAGCUAUAUAUUUUUCCGUUCUUCUCUAUUGUCCGCUUACCGUUUAAUUUCUACAUACGAGUUGCAUCUUUGGUCCUUUAUUAUCUGUUGAACAUACUCUAAUCACGGCCUCCCAAUAUGGUUCUUCCUCUACGCUUCCUUUCACAACCAGUUUUAACAUUCCUUCGCGUUGCAUUAUACGAUCUAUACAAACCGUUUCGUAUUCUAACUAUACGAGUAUUUCUCCAUAAUAACGUUCCAUCUGAUAUUCUUUUCAGCGCCUUCCCAUUGGUUAUUCUGGCCAUCCAACUUGCCCUUGACAUUCUUCCAUAGCACCAUAUAUCAAACGUCUCUAGUCUUUUUCGUUUUCUCACUAAUAUUUCCCAGAUUUCACAUCCACAUAGGGCCAUAUUUCAUACUCUAUACAUGCGUCUUCAAUAGAUUUUUCCAUAUUUUUAGACUAAUGUUUCUUGAUAUAAGUGGUGUUUUAUUGUUGUUAAAGGCUACUCUGGGUUAACAGAUACGUUUUAUUAUUUCGCUCCUAUUCCUUUCAUCAUUGCUGAUUGUGCUCUCCGGGUAUGUAAAUUCAUCUACUCGUUUUACUAUUUGAUUUCCUCGUAGUUUUACCUGUACUACUCUGGUUAGGUUAGGUGAACGAUUUUAUAUAGUAUAAUAUAUUACGAAAAUGUUUCGUGGGGGACGGUUAGACCCCCAAAAGCUCCCCUCAGGCACAAACUUGGGAAAACAGACGAUAUUUUUUGGUUAAUAUUUCAUCACCCAUCCCUGUAUCUUGGUUCCACAUCCUACCAGUUUUUUUGGUAGUUUCCUACCAUAUUUAUUUGUAAAAAAAAUUACGUAUAAUUUUCUCAUUUUAUUCGUGAUUUGAUUACACCUAUACUUAAUAAUAUUACACUGUAAUAUAUUACAUGGCUUGUACUGACUAUAUUUAAUUUGAACGUACGAAGAUCACUCCACCGAUUACUUAUAUUCUUACGUAAUUCUGAUAAACUAUACGAUUCUGACUGUUGGACUUAUCGAUAAUCGAUCGACUCUUCCGUCACUUCGUUAGUCUACGACCGAAUUGACAUUAUGUUAUUAAGUGAAUAGAUGAGCGGCGCAAAUGACGCGAUCGUUUUCGAGAUUGUGGCGACGGUGGACGGGUUGGGAAAUUACUGCAGCAUUGUCAUUUAAAACAGCUCGCUCGACUACAAUAAUAAUAAUAAUAAUAAUAAUAAUAGUAUCACAUACCGCACGAUACGUAUACAGAACGAUUCAUUAAACGUGCUCGCCCCAUAUUUUACUCCACUACUCUCCCCUAACUAAACUUAAAAGUGGAAUAUUUCGUUGACGGGUUGACGGAAAUUCAAAAAUGUUAACACCAAAAUGUAUUUAAACUAAUACUCCGUGUGUUUCUGGAAUUCUUAAGAGGACGUUAUAUCCGCAAUUGUUUAGGUUUAGCAUUCGCUUAAUUUUCGUUUCAGAGUAAAAUCAUUUACUAUAAAAUUGAAAAAGGACAAUAUUCCGGAGGGUACGACUAAAAAAGUAAAGGUCGUUAACAAAAAAUUAUCGUGUCUGUACCAAUACGCUUAUGUAUAAAUUGAACGUAUAAACCAAUAGUCGAUAAAUCGUAUUUUAUCUCGUAUUUUGGCGAAUGAAAAAUAGUGUUCUCGUUGCUUAUCGACAAACUGUAUACAAUUAUAUGAAUAGUAUUGAUUUUACGACGACCCGGAGAAUAAUUUCUAAACCCGUACUCCGUAGCCCGAAGAUUUAUAUGUAAAACCGGAGUAUUCGGGUGAAACCCUGAGUGGUGGCAACCCUAGGCAUGACCGAUGCGUGUUUCCUAUUUUUCUAAUUAUUAUUCCGGAUACAGCGUUCAAUACAUCGUUUGGAAUUAUAAACUAAUUUAUCGGUUUGAAAUUACUGUAAUAUUUAAAAAAAAAAAUGAAUUUAAAAAGAAGCGUGUCGUCUGCUCCCCCCCCCCACCACGAAUAAUAUCCUCUUUUAAUUUUAUUAGUGAAAUUAUACGAGUUCUACGUGGUCUGCGGAAAGUAGAUUUUGUUGUAUUGUCCGUUAUAGUUUGACUGAGACACAAGAGCGUCCAUCUGUCAAAAACCAAGGGGUUUAUAAAAAAGAAAAAAAAUUGACAUACUUCGCAAGUGGGUGCAGCCACUGUUAUAGUUGAGGAGUUGGGAAGGUAGGAUACAGAAGCGAAUUUAAUGUAUGUCUGUGAGCAACAAUAAACCUCUGCUAACGAAAAAACGAUUCUGAGUGGAGUUCAGUGAAUAGUGAUGCUUUAUCAAUAAUAUGUCAUAUUGUCAUAGUAUAAUUUUCCCGUUUUUCCCGAGUUUUCCCCAGUUUUCCCAUGUUCGUCACAUGUGCUGGAUGAACUCUUGGGAAACCGAAAAAUGACCUCCAUGGAAUACAUUCAUAGUCGGAUAGGUGGGUAGGUGGCUAGGGACACCGGAAAGUCCCGGAAAAUCAGAAUUCGAACGCGCGUAACGCGAAACCCUAUCGAAAGAAAUCGCGGUCGGGCGCGCUCGGUCCCAAUCGUCCCGCGCGUACACUCGUAUGUGCGACACGCGUGCGGCGUGCGCGAGACGUCGCGGCUGCGUGACAGCGCGGCGGCCGGCCGAAAAACUCUGGCAGCGGGCCCUGCGAAAUCAGUCGGCGGAAAAACGAUUUCGUGCACCACAGGACGUACGGCGGCGGCGAUAAAAUAUUCUAUUUCCGCCGGCGAGUAUGUAAAACGCGCCGGCCGCGGCGGCGCGGCGGCGAGGGACGCCGCGGUGUGCCGGCCGGUACGAGAGCGGUCGCCGCGUAAAGCGCGACGCAACGUUUCGCGCGGUCGCGCGCGCCCGCGUUUAUCGGCCCGGCGUUCCGAAACCCGGGGCCCCCUCGGAAACGGGGAAACGCCGCGAUAGCGACGGGAACAUUGCAAAACGUGCCGGGUUUCGCCAAAAUCCGUUUCGGAAAACGCCUGUUGCGCUGCACCGGCGACGCGCUCGGCCGCGCGCGCGGACAGAGAGAGAGAGAGAGAGAGAGAGAGAGAGAGAGAGAGAGCGAGAGCGAGAGAGCGCGAGGAGUGAGAUGGGGGAGACGGUUUUCGCGGCGUACAACAUAAACGCCGACGGGGGGGAAGGGGGGGGGGGUAGUGCGAGACCCGGCGGUACGACGUGAUAUUAUAACGGCGGGUUUUUUCGAUUAAACGCUACCGAUAAGCGGCGACGGACCUAUUUUUUUUUUUCCUCCCCGAAAAUUAUACAAAAGUUUUUUCGCGGUCCACCGGACGGGAAAAACGUCCGUUCGGUUUUUUUUUUUUUUUUAAUAAUUCGUUCGUAUUGUCCAAAGCCGGCGAAUAGCGACGCGCGCAAUAUAGCGCGUAUUAGGUAAUGUUAUACUUCGGUACGUGCUUACGCAUUAUCGCGCGGCUAAUCCGGUUUUCGAUCGCGGCACUUAAAAAGUCGCGGGGGUGUUUUUUUGUUUCUAUUUUUUUACACUCGAGACUAAUUUUUGGCACGCAAAAAACGUUUUUAUUUCUGUACUUGCAUUACGGCAUUUCUCGUUUUGUUUUUUUCGUCGAAUACAAUAACGACGAUAGGUAAAACAUUAUCGCACUCGCGGAUACGCUGCAGUGCAGAGGACAGGAACCGCCUCGUCGUCGCCGGCGAAAAGAGCUCUUUGUUCUAAGGCCAAUGUGACGCGACGUCACGACGACGUUAAUAUUAUAAUACGCGACGACUAAAAGCUUUUUUUUUUCUCUCUCUCUUUCAAAAGGAUUUAUUUAGAACGGCUUACAAGACCGAGAACGGCGAGAAUUCUGUUACUUGUACACAGACGUUAAUACGUUUGUAACGUUUUAAACGACUUUUUUUUUUCCUUUUGCCAUACUAUUGUUCUCGCUUCGUCGCACGAAAAUUUGGGAAAUUUAAUUUGCACGAACAUUAUCGAAUUACAAUACCGAACCUAUGUACGAACAUUUCGGAUAGAAACGUAUUUGUAAAAUAGGAUAACGACGAUACCGUACUAAAUAUUUCUAAUAUUUCUAAACGCGAAGCGUAACAUGAAAAUGCAUUCCGAUGCGAGUCCGGUAUCCAUUCUGUAAAACCAUAUAUUAUUAUAUGAUUAUUUGACACUUCUAUUCUAGAAAAUUAAACUAGGCCUUUUUACCGACAACAUUUUUUUUUCACAAUCUUUAAAUUUAGUAUAUUUUAAGUGAAAAUGCAAAUUCCAGAAAAUGCCUGGAUUAAUCUCUAGACUAGAUGUCAAACGAUUAUAAAGUUUUCAAAGAAUCUAAAUCGUUCCGGCCAAAAUAUCAAAAUGUCGUUUGGUCGAGAGCAUAUUUCUAUGCGUCGGACAAAGACGACGGACAAUCGCCGUCCAUAGAAACACCUUCAAAAUCGAUUUUUCCAUAACGGGUUUUUUUUUUUAUUUUUACAAAAUUAUAGAACAGAAUAGUGCGAAAAUAAAACAACGAAAUGAUAUAAUUUUAUUAAGAAGCCGAUUGGCUUUUUCUCCGCGGCCAACUUUAUCGAACCCAGUGAUAGCUUCAAAAGCCACUCGAAACAGCCGUGUGACGGUACCUUUAUACUCGGCAGAUAAUAUACCAAAAUAAACGCGGUGUACAAAAUCCCGAACAAGUGGAGUCAGUAAACUCACGCCGCCACAAUGGAGUCUAUUAAGACGCACUUCAAAGUUUAAACGGUUCGCCGUGUAGUACCUGUGUAUAGAUAUAAUAACCGACUCGAGCACGACAAUAAGUUGACACCGCGAGAGAGUGCACCCGGAGUUAUAAAACAGAAAUAUAAUACAAUUUCUCGAGUUUAUAGUUGGGUAUCAUUAAUACUGUGCACUACACUGUAGUGCGGUUUACUCAGUUAAAAUGCCCAGAAGGCGAAAUGUCCGAAGAACCAACUUAUAAAAUGAUUAAAAAUGUACACGUCCGAAAACAAAUGUAUUUAUUUUUUAACGCUUAUCUAAUACGCAGUUAUUUAUCAAUUAGUUUUUUAGUCAUCAAUUUUAUCAUAGCUUAAAUAUGUACACCAUAACUGUGCAUCUUAUAUACAUAGUUCUUCAUUCAUAAUAACUGCAAUCUAUACAGUUCGAAGUUGUUGUGAUAAUUUGGACAUCAUAGUCUACAUUUCGUGCCUUAUUUUUUUAUUUUUUUUUUUUUUUCGAACAUCGAUGUUUUGGACACAAAAAGUACUUGGAUAUUUCGUUCACUGGCCAUUCGGUUUUAGACUUAAAUUUACUUGGCCUCGUUUGUCGAGCUCCAUUUCGACUACUGGACGUUUUAACCCGGAGCCGUAUGGCAUACAGGGACGCAACAACGCGUACCGAUUCAUAAUUCAGAACAUUACAGUCGAGCGAAAAUAAACUUUAAUUGAAAACGCAAGAUCAAUCAUUUUAACGUUUUGCGUGUAACGUAACUAUACCGUCGGAUUCCGUGUGUCGUUUUGUAUCGUUGAACAUAAUUUUCACAUUUUAAUGUUUGAAAUUCGGCUAAAUUUUAAAAAUAAAUAGCCAUUCAACUCAUUGUACGCACAUUGAUCUAAAUAAUUGUUUCUGCGGCUUGACUUGACAACCGGAUUCAGAAAACAUAUUGCGUGGGUGAAUGUGACUUGACUUUUCGCACUGAAAGCGUGCGUUAACCGACGUAAAUGCACGAAACGCGGGGAAAACGCGGCUCUCUUAUAUCUCGUUCAACGCGCGAAUCGAAACGACACUUUCGAUGUUUUUGAAAAAUCGACCGGGCAAAUUUUACGCGCGAAAAAUGGAGACCUUUCCACUGGUUUUUCACAAUCGGGCGACCGACGCUUUUUUUCACGCACGCCCUCGAAUUCAUCGGGUCCGGACGGGGCGGGGAACAGUUUCCGUCCGCGGGCUCGUUUUCGUCGGCGCGAUGGCGAACUCACGUGAUAGCACGAGCACAAGUACGCGUUAUCGUGCGUCAUCGUCGGCGAUAAAUAACGCCGACAGCGGCGGUGCGUUUCGAAUCGACAAAAAUAAAAAUAAAAUAACAAAAACUCGACUCGGUCUGGGCCACGUCCAAACCGUAACAAAUUAACGAUAUUAUAUUAUAGUGUUGUAUGACGAUAACCGUAAAAAUGAAUAAAAAAAAAUAAUAAUAAUAAAAACAAAACCGUAACAUCGAUUAGCGUAGCAGUCGUAUGUGCGCGCGCGGCUGCGCGCUCCGGCGGCGAUUUCGGUUUUCGCGCGUCUGCAGACGUUUUAACUUUAUCGCGCGUCUACGUUGUUCAAACCGUUAUUGCAAAUAUUGAAUAUAAAAUAUAUGUUUAUCCCGUUCGUAUUUGUUUUCUCGCGUUUAAAAAUUACAAUCUAAAAAUAUAAUUUUAUUAUUUCCAUUAUGAUGCGUGCGCGCGUGUUUUAUGUGUUUCCGCGCGGCUUUUGCACACUAAAAACCCGCCGUCGUUCGCGUUCUGUUUUCUCUGUACCGUUGCCAGUUGUCAAUAUUGGUUUUACUGCGCGGCGCACGCUUUGAUUGGACAACGGAUGGUGUGUAAAAUCGAAUAAACAUCACGUACCUACCUAUUUUUUUUUUCGUCAUUCGUAGAUUAUAUUUGUCGCAGGAAAUUAUAGAAAAACAGUUUUUUUUUUUUUUUUUUGUUUCACAAACUUUAUUAUACAUCGCGCGCGUGUACGAACGAACGAACGCGAUGGACGGUCGGACGGACCGAUGUCACUCAUUACAUAUUACGACGUGAGUGUUUUGUGCUCUUUAGUUUUUACUAAAACUUUGCUCCUCUAUAAAUAAAAUUAAAAAAAAAACGAAAAGACAUUUGUCGUUUCUGGCCGGCUGCUGUAGCGGCGACAACCCGAAAUUGAUAGAAAAAAAAAAAAAAAAAAAAUAAAAAGUCCAAUUAAUUCUUAUAUAGUUUUGGACCAUCGGGUAGUGCCGGCCUAUACGACGUGCGCCGGUGAUUAACAGAAACAUGACCGGUGUCGCAUCCAGUAUAAGAAGAGUAGGUAUAUUUAUAAUGGGAACGUGCCAGAAAUUCGUCGACAACGGUUGUUGUUCCCCUUCUCCUUCACCUCCCCUCGCCCCGCCCGUAAUAACACGACGUCAAUGCAGCCAAAAUCUAUACGAAAGCAUAUUAUUAUUACAAUGUCCUGCAUAGUAUCGAUGCACCGAAAAAUGCAGUGACGUUGAUUCCGUACAGUACGACGUAAUACGCAUUUCGUAUUUCACCAACACCUAAUAAUAACAUAUCAUGUGUAUAAUGUAGGAUGUUGUAUAUUAUAUUAUAGACGACAGGGACGCCCGGAGAAUAAUGUACAAACGCGCCACCGUGCACGAAGUUAAAAAGAAAAUAGGUGAAAAAUUGGAAAGGUAUUAGAGUUGAAAUUUAAUGUAUAUCCGUAAGCAACGAUGAACCAUUGCUAACGAAAAAACGAUUCCAAGCGGAGUUCGGCUGAUAGUGUUACUUUGUCAACAGUAUAUACGUCAUAUUAUAGUAAAAUAAUUGCACAUACAUUUUAUAUUUCCUUCAAUAAUAUUUAUUUAAUAUUAUACCUGUUUUUCCGGUUUUUAUAAUUUGUUGGAAAAACUCCCGAGAAAAUCGAAAAAUGGCCUUUUAAAAGUACCUUACCGGUCAGAUUUUAUUUUAGAAAAAGUGCUAUCAAUGUAAAUCGGAGCGAAAUUGCUGGUAGAAAAGUUGUCUAGAGAAAAAAAAAUAAACAUCAUUGUAAAACCAUAAGCUUCUUCGCUCCACUCAGAAUCUAAAAUAAAGACGAAUACUAUCCGAUGGGUGAGUCACCGUUUAAGAAGAGAAGUCGAAAGCGAUGAUACGCAUUAUAGAGUGAUUUAUGAAUAUCGUGACUGUGAUGGUAACCGAAAUGCUAUUCGGCGUUUAGUGAAAUCCAAUAUACGAGUAUUAUUCGUUUUCGCUUAAGAUCGCACGCGAAAACAAAUCAAUCAAACGCCACGUUUGAUCCGAUGCCCCGACCGGGAAAAAAACAGAACGCGCGCGAUGUACGAAAAUAGACGAUUUGGCAACUACACAUUUUGAAUUUGUCUUUCGUACACGGAUAUCCGAACGUCCGUCCGAUCGCGAUCACCACAUUUAUGCGUGUAUAUUUAUAUUUUAUAGUACAUAUCGUGUAUACAGUGUGACCAUAUUAUAUACAAGUUAUUUCCAUACAAUAUAUCUCCUGUGAUGCGUUUGAUAUGAAUCAUUGGCUGUCGGUCUACUCUUUCGUUAUUCAAUUAUUAUUGUUAUUCUCGCCUUGACCAAAUAAAACAGACGUGGUCGCUAGCCUAAAAAUUAUUGCUUUCUAGAUUUGGAAUAAAAAUUAUUUUUCAUUGGGUUAUAGUGUAUUGUUUCUGCCAAAUCCGGAGAAAAUGGAUUAGCGAUGAUGCCUGUUUAUUUAGUCAUGAUCCACGCAUAGUUUUCCAUUGGAUUUACAAUCUGUAUUCAUUCUUCCUAUCCGAGCCCGGAUUGUGGGAGGAAAGGAGUCAAAGGGGUAAUGUCCCAGGGCCUAAGACUCCAAGGACCCUUUUUUUUUUCCAAAAUUUAAUUAUUAUUAAUUUUAGAUUCUGAGUGAAACGAGGAAUGAAUUGGUUUCGCAAUGAUGUUUAUUUUAUUUUUUUAUAUGAACACUUUUUCUACCAGAAAGCAUAAUCCGAAUAUCAAGUAUAAUACCUUUUCUAAAGGGGAAUGUUCUCGGGGUGGUACUACUUUAAAAAGGUAAUUUUUUUUCAAUUCUCAUUAAUAUUAGAGAUAAUGAGAAAACUUCGGUCUAUAGGUUAACAAAGAUUGAAAGAUUAAAAAUAAGGUUGUCAUUGGCAACCGUUUUUAUUUGUAUUUUGUUAUUAUUAAGUUUUUAUUAUUUUAAUAAUAAUUUUUAAACUAUCAUUGUUGUAGUUUUACCAUCAUAUGACAUAAUACCAUAUAUUAUAUUGUUCGCAAAGCAACAUUAUCAACUGAACUCGGCUCAGAAUCGUUUUUUCGUUAGCAAUGGUUUAUCGUUGCUUACAGAUAUAUAUUAAAUUCCCGUUUAUAGCCUAUCUUCCCAAUUACCCACCUACAACAGUGGCUGCACCCAUGUUUUUUUUGUAUUUUGAUAUAUUAUUACUUUUUAAUAUUUUUUGUCGUUGACCUUUAAUGAAAAAACUAUAGUUAGUUUAAGUUUUUUUUAUAAAAAUAUACGUAUGUUAAUCUAAAUAAUGCUUGAAUUAAUCUUUUUUUUUUAAAUAUACUGUGAAGUAACAAUUCGUUUUAUUUGUUGAGAGACUCGUUGAAAAGUUUGAUCCUGGAGGCCUCUAAAUGUCUUUAUCCGAGUUUACUCCUAUUCGGUUCUCUAUUUUGAUUUCGAUUCAUUCAUUCGAUCUUAAUAAUUUGUUCAGUCCGAGAAAUUUUCAAUAUUUCUUUCUAAUACCACGUUUCAAAUGCUUCUAUCUUUUGUAAAGAAAAAAAAAUCCAAGUACUUAAAAUAUCAUUCUAUACGAUGUGUAAAUAUAGAGCGCGUGUUUUUGUCCGUCUAGCUCGCAUCACAGUCGUAUCCUCUUCCGUAUCAUUUGUGAGUGUAUGUGUAUGUGCGUGUGUGGUUCGGUGCGUAUGAAGAACCGAAUUACACGAAAACGACGACACUAUAUGCACCAUGACUAAAUAACAGCCAGUCGUCAUCGACUGCAAAGGAUCGUGAUUUUAUAUAUAGACGCGCCUCUGGAGUGGCUCUCUGCAGGCUGGCAAAAUGCCCUACCAUUGAUCCGUCGCAGCUAAGAUUCUAUUUUAUUUAAUCGUGUGUGCGAUGAUAAAUAAUAUUAUGUCUGUAUGCGUGUGUGUGUUUGUUAUUUGUAUAUGAAUAACGGUUUAAAAAUAUAAUGUUCGUGUGUUUCAGACGGAGCGAUGUUCAAACGGAAACCGUCUUCCAGGAAAAUAAACUUAAACCACAGGAAAUCCGGAGCGUUUUUGGACGUGCCGCCGGCCGACGUUAAAAAACCGGCCGAACCCGAAGAUCCAGAGAACUCGUACCGGCUCAGGUCGUUCAGUUUCACAUCGAAAGGUGAAUAAUAUUAUCGUAAUCGAAACUGGUAUUUCGAAAGACUCGGUUUUGGAUUUAAAAUUAUCUUUACUACAUUGUUCGAAUGACGGUCCGGGAUGGAAUAAAAUGCGCCCGUUCGAUAGAAUGCCGUUUGAUUGACGUAGAAAUAUUAUUACGAGCCCGGGCGAUAACAGAAAAAAAGAAACUCAUCAUAACUUCUCGCCGACGCCGCUGUCGUUUCAUUAGAAAUGUUCGUUUUUCGAAGGGGCUUUUAUUUUAUUUUAUUUUUUUUUUUAAUUUCCCGACUUUUGACGCGUAAAAAAUAUCCGUUCGUGUAUAUAGGUGCGCGUCUAAAUAGAUUUGUUUUUUUAUUGUUCGUUUAUUUUUUUUUUUUUUAUUUUUUUUAACUAUAUCGAGGACGCGGGGCGGGAGAAACCGACAGCGAUGACUUUCCGUCGCGGGAAGCGUUUAGAUAUCGAAUUAAUAUUCGCCGCGUUUACCGACGUGUCCCGCAGGUAUCGUCAACAGAGGCGACUCGUUCAGGAAACGCCGGUCGAGGAGCAACAGCCUGGCCCGGGAAGACGACGCCAAGGAACGCACACCGCCGGUGGCCCACGAUCACCAACAACAGCAGGAACUGCAGCAUCAGCACCAGCAGUACCAACAACGGCCGCGCCAUCAGCCGCAGCAGCACCAGCAGCACCGCGGCAGCGCGCGCCAUCAACAGAACGCCGACGACUGCGACGACAUCUCCUCGUACACCGUGUCACUGACGGGCUCGAGGGGCGUGGGCAAGACCACGCUCAUAAGUCAGUUUAUGACUUCGGAAUACAUUAACGCCUACGAGCGGCAAAGAGGUCUGUCCCGGCGGAAUCCCGUUUUCGUAAUAUUUAUAACGAUACAAAUAUGUGACGCGCUGUGGCGUGUACGUUGUGCACGGGGGCGACCGACGCAGUUUAUUAUAUCGAGUCCUCUUGUCGCGGCGACGUCGCCGGCAGACGGCCGGAGCGCGCGCGCGUUUUUGCCGUAUCGGUUUUUAUAUUAUUGUCAUGUUGCGUCGACGACGGGGGGGNGGGGGGGGGGGGGGGGGGGGGGGGGGGGGGGGGGCGGGCGUCCGCCCGUAACCGUAUUGCGCUUCUUACGUUUUCGUCACAACGUUAUACGCGCCGCCGCCGGCGCAUACCAUUAUCAUUAUCAUUAUUAUUAUACGCAGUUUCGCGCGUUUCCGAACAAAAACGAAAAUCGAUUACGUACCGGCGAAACAAAAUACAACAACAACAACAACAACAAUAAUGGGGCGAACCGCGAAAAGUACGGAAUUUAAGGGGGUCGCGCGUAGGCGAUUCUCUAACCAACGAACCGAAACGCCCGUGAGCGGCCGCCACUGCAGCAGGGAUCGAGCCGUUAGGGCCGAAUUUCCGUCCCCCAUCUAUUUUGUAUUGCUACAUUGACACGCGGUUUGUCAAACGGUAAAACACGGAUAACCCAAUCCAACUGCUAAUGUUAUAAAAUGUCUAUGCGGUCGGUAGCUUGCUGGGACCUGACUACCUGAGGUUCUCAAAAGGGUCAAUAUAAGGGGGCCCCCUCACGAAUGGGUUAUGCUGGCCUGAAAGGGGACAAUUUUAUCGAAAACAAAUUUGUGGUUGCUUGAGAUGUAAAUAGGGGUAAUAAAUUAUAUCGGAGGAGUCGACGAAAAAUAGAAUAAAUUGGCAAGUGGUGUACGGGGGAAAAAAGUUUGGGAACCCCUGGUUUGGACGGAUGUUUAAUAUUAUGUUUGUUACAGCGCUUCUUACCCAAACUACUGAACGGGUUGAGCUGAAACUUUGCAUAAAUGCGGUUCUAGAUUAGCAAUACGUAUAAACCUCAUUGUCCUUCCGUAUUCAAAACCUAAAAGAGGAGUGACGCGGGGUUAAUGGUAUUUUUAGUACGAAAAUUUAACUAUUAUUAAUGUUGGUUUAUGGGUUAGGUAUCUUGGUGAUAAGGGUGGUAUAAUUUUUCUGUUAUUUCGUAUAGCAUGGGCAACGCCGAGCGGGACAGCCAGUUUGUAUAAUACAAUAUACAAGUAGGUACUAAAAUAUACGUGUAUUACUACAUCCCGAAAAAUGGUGAAAUUUGAACAUAAAAAUGGCAUGGGUGGGUGUUCAAAGUUGAAACGCCCAAAAGACACAUCCUUGAUUCACUGAGCAUACACAAAAUUGUAUCCCCCUGACUUUAUUUAGGUAGUAAACAGAACUGUUUAAAGCUAUACAACACACCAACAUAGUGAAGUUUAUAAAGUUCAAUCCGCCAACAAAAUUUAGUUCGUCUGGUCAACAGACACAAUACAGUGCAAUUAGCUUAAUUUUCGAGAAAAAUUUGAAUUUAUAUUUAAUGUCUCAAAAAGGUAUUGUUUGUAAUUCUCGUUAAAAUGUGCACUUUGGAAUUUUCACGACAGUAUUUUCAAAUGCAAAAAUAUAUUUUCUUUUUUUUUAACUUUUUCAAAUUUCCGUAUCAAUUUUUCUGAUUAAUAUUUUGAAAAACCUACCCGUAUAAAACAUUUUAUAAAAACAACGUACUAACGUCUAUGUCAUUCAAACGUAUUUUCACCAUAAAAUCAUCGGUAUCGCGUCCUAUUUAAGAGAAAAAUCAUCGCCAGAGUGCACUAUAAGUACUAUUAAAAUAACCGACCCGAAUAAAACCCUCGGCUUCUCCGUCUUUCUUUCCGCAAAAAAUGUAUAAAAAACGGUCGCGCUAGUAUUUCUUGUACAUAGUCGAAUUCUUUGUUCGUAGUAUUUCGAAGGGUUUUUAUAGACGAUUUUGAAAACGUUUAACAAUAAUCAUCAUAGUUUACCUCGUGCUUAUAUUAUUACGACUAUUACGGCGACUAUAUUAUUAACGUCAAGUUGAAAAAAAAGAAAAACGCUUUUACCUCGGGUCUUCGACGAGGAUAAAUCAUCUUUUGCCGCAUUUAACUUAAUAGUGUUUCUGGAUUUAAAAAAAUAAGAAAAAUAUAUCACCGAACGGUGAAAUAAACACACACACAAACACAAUAUAUGAGUUUACCACUUGUAAAAUGUUGAAGUCCACUUCAAAAUAGACGUUUUAACGUUUUAAUUCAAAUCUUAUUUUUAAUUAAACAAUCGAGUGUCGUUGGUUAAUAGCACUGCAGUUACAAAACGAAGUAAAUCCCUACAAUACUCGUACACUAGCAAAGGCCAAUGCAUGAGCAGUUUCAAAAGUGUUAUAACCGAUUUUGUCUUUUUUUUUAUCAAUGUAUAAAAUUCUGGAGAUAAUAAUUUAACAAGCAAUAAUCGAAAAAUGAAACUAAGUUAUCAUAAUAAUUGUAUCCGUUUAAAAUACGAAUAAUAUCAGCAGAGAUUUGUAUUAUGUUUUAAUAAUAUUUUACAAAUUGAACAAUGUUGUAUUGAUCUGUAGAUAUAUAAUUUGACCAAAUAAUAAUAACCAAAAGAAAAAAAGUUCAAUAUUUAUAAUGUCUCUCUCUUGUUUCAAAAAGUAUGAUGUUCGUACAUUAUUUUAAAAUUAAAUAACAAUAUGCCGAUUUAAUAAAUAAAAUAUCCAAAAUAAUAUUUAUUUGCAAAUGUUAAAGUCGACAGAAAAUGAUUCUGUGUUCUAGAUUCUGAGUUUAGCAAGAAAUGUAUUUGGUUUUACCAAAUUGUUUAUUUUUUUUUUCUGUGGACAACUUUUCUAUCAUAAAUCUUACUCCGAUUAUCAAAUAUAGCACUUUUUCUGAAAUACAAUGUUCUUCGGGUGGUACUUAAGCGAAGUCAUUUUUUUGAAAUUUUCAUUAAUAAAUUAAUUCAAGAUAAUGAGGAAAACGUGGUACUUUACGUUAAAAGAGACUGAAAGAUUAAAAAUAAGGUUGUCAUUGGCAACCGUUUUUAUUAGAUUCCGAGUAUAGCGAGGGAGCUAUUGAUUUUACUAAGAUGUUUAUUUUUAGAUUCCGAGUGUAGCGAGGGAGCUAUUGAUUUAACUAAGAUAUUUAAUUUUUUAUUCUUUCUUUCUUUCUUUUUUUCUUUCUUCUAGUCUGUGUACACGUUUUUUUCCUUGUAAACUUGUUUCGAUUUUUACUAUAGCAACUUUUCUGAAUACUCAAGUUGUCUAAAUUGUACCUUGAAAAAGUCAUUUUUUGAUUUUCAACGCCAUUUUUUAAUCAAAAUCACUUAUUUACACGUACAAUUUCACGAUUUCAUUAUUUUAUAAAAACACGGAUGACGUCUUCUACCAGAAAAAAUGAUUUAAUCGAAAAAUCACAAGUUACUUUUAUGAUAUACUUUCUUACGGUAUCAUUGCCAAAACUUUUGAGCCACUUUUGAGCUUUCAAGGGAUUUUAAUUUUUGGUAGUUUUUUUGCUAUAAUUUGGUUAUAAACACACGUAGAGUUUUGAAACUUGGUAAUAAUACUUAUAUUGAACAUACCUAGACGUGGUAAAAUUUCCAAAAUGAUCGGACGAUUAUUUUUUUUUAAUAAGCGUUUUGAAAUCAAAUUUAAACGCAAAUUGCAAGAAUAAAUACGGCACUUUCAAUUAUGCAUUGCCGAACUGCGCUCGGAAUCAUCUUUCAUCGAGCAAUGGUGUAUCUUUGCUUACAGAAAAAAUGAAAUAACCUUAUGUAUCCUAUCUUCCCAACUUCUUACCUACAACUGUUGCCACUCUCAUCACCAGUAUCAGUUCUUUUUAUUUUUAUUAUUAUUAAGUUUUUAUUAUUUUAAUACAAUUUUUUAAACAUUCAUUGUUGUCGUGGAAACACACAUUAUUGUAAUUUUAUCACAUAUAUAUAUUGUUGACGAAGCAACACUAUCAACUGAACUCCGGUCAGAAUCGGUUUUUUCGUUAGCAAUGGUUUAUCGUUGCUGACGGCUGCACACCAAUCGUGACCCGAAAUUAAAAAAAAUCGAUAAAUGUUUGCACGAAUUGCGUCCGGAUUUAUCUAAACCACUAAACGAUAUCCAUACAAUCCAAAAAUUAUAUUUCCCAUAUUAUAUUAUUUUUAGUUUUACUUUUAGUCUGGUUUGGAUCGUGAAUCGUAAACGUCGUUGUGUUCUAAGUUUUCUUAAUAAAUCGUAUUCGCAUAAAAUGACGUCAGUGAUUUUAAGUGAAAAAUAAAACUUCAUUUAAUAUAAAUGGAUACAAAUUUCGUUAUCAUAAAAUACUGAAGAACGAUAUUCAACGUUGGAAUUGCUGUAAACAGUUGCUAUUGACAGUCCUCGGUCUGUAUAAAAUGGGAAGGAAAAUAAUGUUUUUACGUUGGGACGCAAUUCAUGUAGUGGUUAAAUAUCAUCGGGACACAAUUCAUUUGGAAAAAGGAUUUCGGGACGCAAUUCGUGUGCACUGUUGCUUACAGAUAUACAUUAAAUUACCGUCUGCGUCCUACCUUCCCAACUUCCCACCUACAACAGUGGCUACACCCACGUGCGAAGUAUAUCCGUCCUUUUUUAUUACUUUCUUUUAUGAAAAAUAAAUCAGGCUGUUACCUAAAAUAUUACAAGAAAUACAAGUUUUUACCACAUGUAGACGCAUAUUCCAUAUAUGUACCCGGUGGCGUAUUUACGGCGGGUUAGGCGGGGCGUUUAGGGAGUUUCCAUAACCCAGAAACACAGAAAUUACACGAUAUUAAUGAGCUUGAUAUUGUUUAAGUGGACUUGGCCGUCUUAAUUGUAACAAUUACACACUUACCACCAACCCCUCCCCCCUCCAAAAAAAAAACAAAACAAAAAGAAUAAUAAUGACAAAAACAAGUCGUAAAUACGCCAUUGUACCUAGUAUAGACCUAUUGGUGUGACCAUAGAUGGGCGAAGCACGUUUGGACCAGGAACGUUUAGGCCAUUAAUAAAACUGCAAUCCGUUUGGACCAAUAUUUUUAAAUGUCUAUAAAUGCUCGCUAAAUAAACGUUCAAUUAAACUACGAAAACUAAUGUUUAAAUUAAGUAAUAAGUAAAUUGUUUAGGAUUGCAUACAAUCUCUGAGUAUAAAUUUACUUUUAAAACGUGACGAAAAUUCAGUUUUAUUAAAUAUAUACCUAUAUCUAUUAUCUUUACAUAAUAGUUAUUUGUGUAUCAAGGUCUUAUGUACGAAAAGACAACAAAGAUACAAUAGUACUAUAUAAAGGUUCGCUGAAUAAACGUUCAGUUAAACAAACAUAGGGAAAACUGUGGUCCAAACGGGCUGUAUAAAAGUAGUAUCUUUUAGCCACGGCGGGUCUUCAAAAUUGGUCCAAACGGGUCCUGCUCGCAUAGAUUUGAUCCGAAAUCAAGAAAAACGGUCGAAAUGUCAACGGAACAUAUCGAAAAAAAUUAAUUAAAUUAAUAACAAUACCGAAAUCCUCGCGACUACGCGUAAUAAUAUUAACAGAUUAUAUCGGUAUGUGUGCGACUAGCGGAAAAGUCUCGCGGAUGACAGAAAAAGAUAUAAUAAAUAAAUAGAGCAAAACAGACAACGGUUCAUUAUUAUGAUGUCGUCAGAUUCCUCAUCGUCGUCGUCGUCGUUGUCGUCGACCUCUCGCGCAUAUAAUAAUAUACAGGGCGAUUCUUUUCGCGAACCAGCGAAGAAUUAUCCUUCGCGUACAUGUUUUUAAUAUACCAAGACACAUAAAUCACAUACUGAAGUAUGCAUUUUCCAAUUUUGGGUUUUGUUUCGGUACAAAAGACGGAUUUCCUACGGACAAUCCGCGUGUGCAUUAUAUGAAAAAUUACGUUAAAAUAGUUACACGAUAAGUUCCUCUAUGCCCGAGAUUCCAAAUGAAACGUACAGUGGUUGCUGUUAUUGCGAGAGCCGCGGUGUAAACCCGUGGAGGCACGGCCCCCGCGAGUUUUUGACGUGUCUAUAAAUUAAGCACCCCACCUCCCUCCCUUUCAAUGUCGGUAGUCUAGUUGCGCCUACGCCUAUAAUCAGCGGCCUGGUGAAAGGGUUUUUAAGGAUGCCCGGACGCCGGUGCCUUUUUAUUUUUUCCACUUUCGAAAACGUUCGCCGCGCCGCCGCCGAUAAUUAGCGCGCCGCACGUGCGACGAGCGGGAAAUUCGCCGCGGGCGUUCGCGGCAACGGACAACCGUCCUGUAUACGCGAUUCCGGGGCGCGGCUAUUACGACGGCCGACCGUAGCCCCGUAGUCUUAACAAUAAUAAUAAUGGCGUAUACAAUUAUCGCCGUUAUUGUUUGUUAAAUUAUUCGGCGGCGGCGGCGGCGGCCGCGCUGACAGUUCGCGGGAGACGACCUCUUCGCACUGAUAAAUGGCAUCGGAACUAUUUCCCGACACUCCGGCCGGCCGCCGCGGCCGCAAAACCCUUUCGCGAUAAAGCGCCCGCGUGCGCACGUACACGAGUACAGAUACUAAACUGUAAUAAUUAUCAUCGGCGGCGGCGGCGGCGGCGGCGAUAAGUUCCCAGAGUGCGCCGCGGCCGGCGGCGGCCCGUUACCGCGGCAUCGCAACGCAAUACGCACGUGUACACGUAUACAAUACAAUAACGUGCAAGGUACAGGGUGUUCCGCCGGUUCGCGGGCUCCGUUCGCGUGCCGGCCCGGCCCGAGCUGGUUGCGCGGUCUCGCAGCGACGACAGGGUCGCGUAGGGAAACCGCGGUGUUCCGGGCCGACGAACGCGCGCCGUUCGUACCGAUCGACCGCGUCGUCUGGGUGUACGAAUCGUUUUCGACUUCGCGAGAGAACGCGCGAAAAACGAUACUGCGCGCGACGCGACGGAGAAUGACCCGGUUCGCGUCGCGCGUUACGAAUUGAACAUUUCGGAAAUCAAACAAGACGUUUUUGUUAUUAUUUUUUUUUUUUUUUUUUUUGUUUUUCUAGUGAUUAGCGGAUGAAAAUAGAAAUUCGAUUAUUUUCUAAACAGACGUCCGCCUCAAAGUAUAAAAGCAUCCGGCGAGCGCUGCGGGACACCCUGUAUAUCCGUCAGGACGGACGGCGGCGACCGCAUUUAUCUCGAUAGUAUUUAAAGGGUAGUGACGUGGUGCCGGUUUCCCGAAUUUUCUCCGGUCUUCUACAAUUUUCAAAUUGGUUUUAACGUUUUAAUGGCCGGCGCUUUAUUAACGACGAAUAGCUUUUGCCGCUAAUCUCGUGUCCGAUAUACGCCCAUCACUUAUCCGACGGCGGUUCGUGAUCCGCGUAAGUGGCGAGGCGAACAUUUUGAAAAUACAAGGUGACAGGGUGUCAAUUCUAUACUACGCGGAGAGACUGGCUGUACCGCGGAGAUCUAACAUUCUGAAAUACAUUUUGUUCCGUUCAAUAAUUUAUUUUUUCAAUAUUUUCUCUUGUAAUAAAAACUAGAGACUUACGUACUAUGCGACUUCCUGCAGGCACGUAACCGGGAACUUUUUAUGUGGGGGAGGGGGCUCAGCAAAUUUAAACCUACCACUUUUUAAUUCAUUGUACAAAUAUAACACAUAAUGAGACAAUUACAUUAAUCGAUUUAUUGUAUUUAAACAAAUAAAAAUUAUCAAACGUUAUUAAUGAAACACAUAAUAUAUAUAUAUAUAUAUAUAUUAUAUCCGAAUUCAAAUGUUAAAAUAGUUAUCGACUAAUUACAAUACUGAAUCCAUUUUUAUUUUUAUUUUUGCCAGCUCAUUCAACAGUUCUACUGGAUUAACUUCAAUUUAUUGUUUUUUGAACAAUCAGCUGAGCUAAUCCAUGUAAACGGUUUUCUACCGUGAUAUUUCUAAGAUAGGUUUUCAAUCGUCGGAAUAUCGAAAAUGACCUUUCUGCAGUAGCUGUUGUAAUGGGUAAAGUUGCCAUGGUUUUUAAGAGUUUGUAGACAUUUGGAUAGUAAUUUUCAUUACAAUUAUUUAGUAAUUCUAAAAAAUAAAAUAGAAUUUUAGACGAACUUUGUAGAGAAGUUCACCAUAAUCUAUGUUCUGCAAUAAUUACUUAAGAAAAAAAAUAUGGUGAUAAUUGUGAAUAUUUUUGUACUAAAUUUGUUGUGUCAUUUUCAAAAGUAUCUGGAAUAUCGUUCUCUUCAAUCAGAAAUAAACAAUCAAAUCUCCUCAACGGAACAAAAUUAUUUUAAAAAUAUAAAAUGUUAAAGAAAAAACUGUGUUUCAUAUAAAAGUUAAAUUACUAUCUCAGGUUCAUAGGGGGGGGUUCUGAUCCCCGAAACUCCCCAUGGAUACGCCACUAGCUUCCUAUGUAUAUAUUUUUUUUUAUUACUUAAUAAUAAUUUUUUAAUAAAAUUCAAGAUAAAUAAGUAUAUACGGAAACAAAACUUUGAUGAUAAAAAUAUUAACUAAUCAAAAAUCGUUAAUUUUCUACAAUUUUGUACAGUCGAGGAUAUUUUAAAAUGUUUUCAUUGUCACUAUACAUAUACUAAAUUAUAUCAAUCGAUUAGUCAAUAUUUGUGCGUGAAAAAUAAUUCAUUUAUUAGUGAUUUUUGUAAACUUCAAAAAAUUCUAGAGACUUUUUAACGAUUCAUAAUUAGUAAACAUGUUUUAACACCGAAGUUUUGUUUCAAAAUAAUAUAUAUUAUGAAACGAAUAUUUCGGGUUUUGUGAAAACAAUUUUCCAUUUUUAGUUUUAAACAAAAUAUAAAAUAAAAGAACCAUGGGGCAAUGCUCUAAAAUUAAAACAAGGAAAAAAAUGUAAACAUAUUGAACAGAACAAAAGUUAUAUUUCGUGUGUCAAAUCUUCGUGAUGUUAAUCAGAAAUAUAGUUAACGAGAUGAUGUUAUAAUUAUUUUGUUAUUACUUAUUUGGGUAUACUUAUCGCGUAUGUUAAUUUUGUAAGCUUAAGUUGUCGAUAUUUGGUUUUUUUUUUUUUUUUUGAACAUUUCAAAGUAUACAUAUAUAUUUUUUUAAAACCAAUCAAUUCUAUACGUACUUAUAUUUUCGAUGAUAUUCAUUUUACGAUUGUGAAAUAUGGCGCUCAUAUAAUGCUCUAAACAUGUUUAUUGCGAUAAGAACGAGACGGUUAUAGUGCAAGUCUUUUUUUUGAAGUAGCUACGGGCUAAACGGAAAUGAGACUCCAGCCCCAGUAGACCUCCUCGUAUCCGCCCCCGGAGCAGCAUUGACCGCGACAUUUCCGUUAACCCGUUCCGUUCGAAAUCCGAAAAAAAUAAAAACACAGGGGGGCCGGGAGACAAGAUUUCAGUACAAAAGAAAAAAAAACCUACGACCGGCGCAACCGCAUACACGCACCGUAUAAAUAACGCGAUGUUUUCGCCGCUAUAGCAAACAAUACGAGUGUAUAUAUAGGGUAUUUUACAGAGAUGUGACAAAUGCGAUAUUUUUCAUGUAAAAAACGAACACAUCCCUAAUACUAGACUACAAUAGAGCUUUGCGCUGUGAUUAUUUUAUUUUGAUUUUUAACUAAAAAUACCUAACGAAUUUGUCAUACGAAAACCAACGUUUAUACAAUAGGUCGGAGUUCACGAUAGUUUAAAUUGUUUUGCGUUAUAGCCACAAAGCUAAAUAAUAUCAAUCGAUUCGCCUAUUUUUCGUAAACUUUAAAAAAAAAAAAUCGUAGAAAAUCAACGACUCGCCGCGCAUCGCGAAUAAACGUAAUAUGUGACACCGAAAUUUUGUUUCAAAAUAAAUUUUUAAUAUUGCUAUCGCGGAUUUUUAAAAAGCGAAAAAAUAAAACGUUCAAAGUAAAAUAUUUAAGGGUUAUAGUGCGAUGCCCUUGCAGGUAAUAUUAUUGCACAAAAGAAACCACUUGAAAAUAUCGAACAGAACAAAAGUUAUUGCGUCUGUCAUAUCUCCGUGGUACACCCUAUACGUAUACACGUGACAAUAAUACACCAGGAUCGGUAGUAUAUCGUAUGGCAAUAAAAACGAAAAAUAAAAUCGAAACGACGUCGUCGAGUUGACUCGCGUACGUAUUUAUUUGUACGCGCACGUAAAACGAAUAAAUAUUACGCUUUGUGUAUAUACGCGUGAAAUAUAUACGUGUGCGCAUGCAAAUGCCGUUUUUUUUUUUUUCUUAUGUACGAAAUGCUUCCCUGAGAAAUCGUUUGGAUGUAACUGCGUGCGCGCGCGUUUUAAAAACUUUCCGACGAGUCUUUCGAGAAACAAAACGAACCUAUAACGGGGGAGGUUCCGUUUCUAUAUGUACGCGCUCAUCUCCCGUGGAGUUUUUCGUGACUCCGAAAAAAAUCGUCCCACGCAGAAAAAUAUGAAAAUAGGUAUUCAGAAUGUCGAACAGUUGAAAAAUUAUGGUUAAGAUCGCGGUCUUAAAAUAUAAUAUGAUCGGAUCACUUGCCCGCCGCCAGCCCACCAGCAAUGUCCCGCUUGUUUAGGCGAAAACGUAUGUAAAAUUUACCAUGUUAAACGCGCAUACAUAUAUAUUGUAAAAUUCCUAAUCCCGACAACGUUUGACCAGCAGCGCUUUAUAAAAAAUGCCGUGAACAUUUUAAUCGUUUUCGUUCGAAUGAAGCCGGGGCAUCUGAAAAGAAAGAGUUUUCCGGUCCUAUCUUCUAAGACCGCGAUAGGACCAUGAUUAAAUAAACAGCCACCUUGUCAGCAGUGUAUUUCCAAUCACUGUGUAUGUAAGUACCCCAGUCUUGGAAAAAACGAUUUAAUAACCCUGCCUUCGCCACCCACCUACCUAAUCGCGUUCAGUCCGUAUUAUCUUAUAUCCAUUGUCCGUAUUCCGUGAUGGCGCAACAACCGCGUAAAAAACAAACCCAUUUUAAAAUCAAGUUGUUUCUUGUCCCGCGGUUUUAUCGUUUAUUCCAAGUCCGGGGCACGAUUUAUACGCGCCGGACAAAUUUCGCCAACGUGCCUGUUUACUUAGUGUCGCGUUUAAGAAAAUACGCAAAAAUCGUACGAUAAUGCGUCGAGUGCAUCGAACGGAACACACUGGCUGUAUAAUAAUAACAUUUUAUUUACACAUUUAAAUAAUAUAAUAUUAUGCGGUUUUUUUUUUUUUUUUUAGACAAUCAUGAAUCGUCGGUACAGUCGGUGUGCAUAAUGUUGAACGGCGAAGAAUCCGAACUCAGAUUUAUCAACGAGAGAGAGGUUUCGGUAAACAAAUUUAUUUUAUUAUUGUUAAAUUGUUGUUCAUAUUAAACAAUACACAUACAGAGCGCUUGUUUUUAUCUUAACGACUCUAAACUCGCAUUUUCAAGAAAAAUUUUUUCCUAAAGAUUUCAGUACAUACUAUCGUAUCGAUCGGAACUUUUAACCGUUAUAAUAUAAAUCAAAAACAAAUCCUUACAAAUCUUAUAUUAUUAUGUUUAUAGGUGAAAGACGAUCGGUUGCCCAAAUUGGCCGACGCGUACUUGGUGAUUUUCUCGGUGGUCGACAAAAACAGUUUCGAAACGGCCGAGAUCGUGCUCAAGAGGCUCCAGGAACACGAAAUGCUGCGGUCAAGACCGGCCAUAUUGGUCGGCAACAAAGUCGAUAUGGCCAGGAGCAGAGAAGUGUCGGCUCGGGGUAUGGAACAAAUUUCUUUACACACAUUAAUCUUGUCCCCUUUCGACUUCGACCCAACUAUUUUGGAUCGUUCACUCCAAUUUAUCAUAGUAUAUACAUGCACAAUGCACAUUCUUGAUGUGCGCAUAUUUUUGAGAAAAAAAAUCUAACAUUUCGAGGCGUAUUAAUUUAAUUUUUUUCAUAGAUUUAUAUUGAUAGCCAAAAAUUGGUGGAAAUGGGAAAAUUAUAAUUAUUUUAAAAAAUGAGUGGGCAUGAUGAGUCGUAUCGAAAUAAAUAGGGAACUCGCGACUUCGGUAAUCCGGUACGCGGUGAAGUUGUGUACGGUUAAAAUAUAAUAUGCUUAGGCUAUGCCGUCUAUAUUGGGAUCUAAAUUCAACCGUAGUCAACGCUAAUGCGGUUGAUCGUAAUGGAACACUCUCACACUUGUUCACAUUAGAAUAUGCCAAUGCGUGUUAUAUUAUAUCGUUCAAAAUGUUGGUCCGGGCGUCUUCUGCGGAAAGAGUGCGCUAGCGUCAGGGAUUUCACUGGCCCUCUUGUUUUGUACUGUCACCGGAGUUUGACUCUAAUACAUCAUAAUUCCCGGUGAAUUUUUCACGGUACAUAGAAACAAUAUUCGACCCGAGUAAAUCGUUUGUUUUUCAGAGGGCAGGUACUUGGCGUGCACGUGCCGGGCCAAGUACAUCGAAGUGUCAGUGGGCAUCAACCACAACGUCGACGAACUGCUGGUGGGCAUUCUCACUCAGAUCAGGUUGAAGCGGGCGGACGGCGGCGAGGGCCACGACCAUUGGUACAAGAACCGAAACUUCAUAAAGGCCAGCCUCAAAGCCCGACAGAUGUUCACUUGGGUGUUCGGCAAAGAGGACACGAAACUCAAGGACUGCGAAAACCUGCACGUCCUCUAGAGAUAAUCGCAUGCCGACGGCGGUUACCGCGGUUUUCCGGGCGCGAGAUUUCCGUCCGGAACCGCGCAAACACAAAAUUCGAUAUUUAUAAUAUUUUAUUUUAUUAGGUUAGGUUAAACAUAAAUAAUAUAUUAUUAUCGUUACACGCGAAAAACGUGAAACAUACGGACGAACGGGUCAACGAGAAUCGCACCGCCCUCUAGUCGACAACGACAUAAUAUUUUCACCGAGUUAUUUUUUCGUAUAAUAGUUUGGCGAUUUCGUAUCGCGUAUAAUUUACGAACAGAAAUAUAUUAUGUACAUUUAUUUUUUUUAACGAUUUUAUAUUUUUUAGUUACGCGAAUAAUAUUAUAUACUAUCAUAAAUAUUAUUUUAUCGCUAUGUACGUUUUAUUAUUAAUACUAUAUUAUUAUUAUUAUUAUUGUAAUAUUACCCCUAUAAGUGGUUUAAUUUUUUUGAUAAUAUUAACUAAAUAUCGUAAUAUUAUGUCGUCUACGUAGAAUUAUAUUAUUAUUAUUAUUAUAAAUGUACAAUACGUAUUUUUUUUUUUUGUCUUUAUACUGUAUAAACAUGUGUACGGCGUUUUUAUUUUUGUAUUCUUUGCCAAAUCACGUAAAGAGGGGAAAAUUCCGCCGGCGAUUAAUAAUUUGAAUUAGUGUUAUUGUUAUUAUAAUAAUAUAAUAUAAUGCUGUUUCUAUUUACCGUCUACUCGGCCCACAUAUGUAUUUUAACGAUCCCGGAACCGCCGUAUCGAAAUAUCCCAAGAAACGCAACAUUAUCAGCGAACCGCUAAAACGAAUGGGCUAAAAGAUAGUUGAUAAAAAAAAUGUUUCGUUCCAAUAUUAACAACAAUACGAUCAUGGGCACCCGCAGGAAAUUUAUCUGGUAGGGUCAUGAUAAAAUCAAACGCCAAAUAACACUUGCAAAUUGAAAUAUAAUUUCAUUAUUAAUUAUUGAAUUUAUGUUUGAAAUUUUGAAGUCCAGGGGGCGCCCCCUUGAACACAAUGCGUUUUUAAAUAUUUGGACGUUACUAGUGUAACGCACGGCACCAAGCGGCAGGGGCGGAUCGGCCUACCGGUACUAUUGCUUUGUAUAUAGGUAAUAUGUCAUAUUAUGGUAAAUAUAAUUACAUACGC